CCGGCAAUAUAAAAGGCAUCCCCCGCCUCCCCUUUCCUCAACCAUCAAGUCAUCUCCCCCAAUCAUCUGCAUUUCAAAACCCUACAUUCUCUUCUCUGCGAAAAUGUCAGGCCGUGGAAAGGGAGGCAAGGGAUUGGGAAAGGGCGGAGCCAAACGUCAUAGGAAGGUACUUCGCGACAACAUCCAGGGAAUCACCAAGCCCGCCAUUCGCCGUCUAGCGCGUAGAGGCGGCGUGAAGCGUAUCUCUGGUCUCAUCUAUGAGGAAACCAGAGGAGUUCUCAAGAUCUUUCUAGAGAAAGUGAUCAGAGACGCGGUGACCUACACCGAGCAUGCUCGGAGGAAGACUGUGACGGCGAUGGAUGUAGUCUAUGCUCUCAAGAGGCAGGGAACGACCUUGUACGGAUUUGGAGGGUAGAGCUUCGCAAGUCGUAGAUGUUCUUAUGUGAUGAAUGCAGAUACCUGUCUCAGCUUAAUUUCAAUGGUGUAGUUAGCAAUUUCAUGUUUAUUACAGCCUACUAAUCAGAAGUAGGCUUGUUCCUUGCCUCUUUCAGGAAGUAAUACUUCUUCUUGCGGUAGAUGUUCAUGUGUGACAAAUGCAGAUGCAUAUUUCAGCUAAAUUUCAAUGGUGUAAUUAGUAGUUUCAUGUUAGUUUGUGGCCCAUUAAUCAGAAGUAGGCUUGUUCCCUGUUCAUCGGCCAAUUUGAAGUAAUACUUGUUCUCAAUUUGUGAAUAUAAUUCGGUGGUUACUUUUUCUUCCAAUUCCAGAUUUUUUUUUUAUAAAUUGGAUCCUUCUCUAGCGGCUCUUGCAGUUUUUGACAUUUAGAAAAAUUGUUUACAUUCUGUUUUCCUGGCAGCUGGAAUUUUUGAGAUAAACUAAUCUAAAGUAGCCCUGUAAUUGGUUUUUUAUUUUGUUGUCAUCAAUGAUCUACUUUGUUCUCCA